GAGAAAUCCCAGCAGCUUUAUGAAAAAAAAAGUGUCGAACAGACUCUCGGCCAGUUCUAAAUGCAAACUUUGCGUAUUCGGGAAAAAAAAUUGAAACGCAAAGGAGGUGUUUGGAAUAAUACGUUCAAUGUUGUGUGUCCGAGAACAGGGGGAAGUUCACAACGUUUCCCCGCGAACGGUGAAUGACAGUUGGAAUCCGCAAAGCUCCCGCGCCCAGCGGCAGAUUGAAACGGAACAGGCCCGGGUCUCCAUAGCGACCCGGCCGGCAGAUUGAAACGGAACGGGCCCGGGUCUCCAUAGCGACCCGGCCGGCAGACACGCGUGAAAUCACAGAGCUGGGGGUCGGCGAGACGGGCGGCGCCUUGUCCGUUCUCUCUUUGCCAUGCUCCCUGUUGCACCUGGACGCAGGAGAAGCCUCUCUAUCGUCAGAAGGUUGUAGAGUUCCCCAAGAGCAAAAUGAUAAACAUUCGUACCUUCUGGAAUGGAAUCAAGAGACUUUUGGGCGGUAAUGUUUGUGGACUGAGUGCUAAAGAGGGGACAAUUGUUGCUGGAAUGUUUACACUGAUUAUAUCAACUAUACAUCUUAUCUUCGAGUCUGGCAACUUGCGCUAUUAUACAGUGUUGUCAAACUUCACAAGUUCAGAGGCAGACCUAAAAGCAUUUUUAAUUACUUUUGAGUUAUACUGCUACGUAACAAUGGGCCUUAUUGGUGCGAGCAUCUUUGCAGUUUUUGUCCUGUUCUUGUGUAUCUGGAAGAAGAUUUUCUGGGGAGUAGCAGGCUACAUCAUAUGGAUCUUCUUGUAUGAGAUUGGACAUAUAUGCCUCCUCGUUUCAUUUCCUAACAACGAAAAUCUAAUCAAAAACAUGUAUGCCCUGGAGUGUUUUGGGCUGGUUUUCCGCUUAUUGCUUCAGAUCUACUGGCUGUUUUUCUUGACCAGGCAUGUGAUGGAGCUGUACAGAAUCCGCAGAAUGGCAGAUGACCCAUCAAAAAUCAAGAAGAAAGUCCCACCAAAACUCAAGUUUGGAAAUGUUGUGGAGAUGAGAGUAUGAGGUGGGGGCAUUAACUGGUAGAUGACAAGAUACUCUGCAUUUCUGCCAACAAGCACAAUGUUCCUUUUUUUGUAGACAUUUCACAUGGGGACUGCCUCAUUCAGUUGACAUGCUGUGGGUGGGUACAGGGAUUUAGUCAUUGAUGGCAAAUGGAGAUGCCUGUUACCUAUGUUAAAUGCUGGUGUUUCAAUUCUGGCAACUAUGGAAAAAAAUGUUUUUCUCUGCA